GGCCGGACCCGUUCCAUCUUCACACGCACAUCCCUCCUCUCCAGAUCCGUGCCACAAUGGUGGCUCCUGCUCCGACGGGGUCGGCACGUUCUUCUGCGAGUGCCUGGCUGGUUUCCGUGGCUCCAAGUGUGAGGAGGACAUCAACGAGUGUGCCAGCAACCCCUGCAAGAACGGUGCCAACUGCACCGACUGCGUCAACAGCUACACCUGCACUUGCCCCUCCGGCUUCAGUGGCAUCCACUGCGAGAACAACACACCUGACUGCACGGAGAGCUCCUGCUUUAACGGAGGGACCUGCGUGGAUGGCAUCAACACCUUCACCUGCGUCUGUCCACCCGGCUUCACCGGCAGCUACUGUGAGCAUGACAUCAACGAGUGUGACUCGAAGCCGUGCCUGAACGGGGGCACGUGCCAGGACAGCUACGGGACCUACAAGUGCACUUGUCCCCAGGGGUACACCGGGCUCAACUGCCAGAACCUGGUGCGUUGGUGCGACUCCUCUCCUUGCAAAAACGGAGGCAAGUGCUGGCAGACCAACAACCUGUACCGCUGCGAGUGCAACAGCGGCUGGACGGGGCUGUACUGUGAUGUCCCCAGUGUCUCCUGCGAGGUGGCUGCUAAGCAGCAAGGUAUCGAUGUAGCGCAUCUCUGCAGGAAUUCGGGGCUCUGUGUGGACACUGGCAACACCCACUUCUGCCGCUGCCAGGCCGGCUACACCGGCAGCUACUGUGAGGAGCAGGUGGACGAGUGCUCCCCAAACCCCUGCCAGAAUGGAGCCACCUGCACGGACUACCUGGGAGGCUACUCCUGCGAGUGCGUGGCCGGUUAUCAUGGAGUUAACUGCUCAGAGGAGAUCAAUGAGUGCUUGUCCCACCCGUGCCAGAACGGAGGAACCUGCAUCGAUCUCAUCAAUACCUACAAAUGCUCCUGCCCCAGAGGAACUCAAGGGGUGCACUGUGAGAUCAAUGUGGAUGACUGCAGCCCUUUCUUUGAUCCUGUCACCCUGGGGCCCAAGUGCUUUAACAGUGGCAAGUGCACGGAUCGGGUAGGUGGCUACAGCUGCAUCUGCCCCCCUGGCUUUGUAGGGGAGCGCUGCGAGGGAGAUGUCAACGAGUGCCUGUCCAACCCCUGCGACGCCCGCGGCACCCAGAACUGCGUGCAGCGGGUCAACGACUACAAAUGCGUCACGCCCUCCUCUCCCCCAGGCCGUCGCUGUGACACCGUGGUGGACGGCUGCAAGGGCAAGCCCUGCAGGAAUGGCGGGACCUGCGCCGUCGCCAGCAACACCGGCCGAGGCUUCAUCUGCAAGUGCCCCCCGGGAUUCGUGGGUGCCACCUGCGAGAACGACUCCCGCACCUGCGGGAACCUGCACUGCCUGAACGGUGGCACCUGCAUCUCCAUCCACAAGAGCUCCAAGUGCAUGUGCACGCCGGCCUUCACGGGCCCCGAGUGCCAGUACCCGGCCAGCAGCCCCUGCACGUCCAACCCCUGCUACAACGGGGGCACCUGCGAGUUCUUCAGCGACGCCUCCCCCUACUACCGCUGCAACUGCCCCGCCAACUUCAACGGCCUCAACUGCCACAUCCUGGACUUCGAUUUCCAGGGUGGGAUCGGGCAGGAUAUCAUCCCUCCCAAGAUCGAGGAGAAGUGUGAGAUCGCCGUCUGCGCGGGCUACGCCGGCAACAAGAUCUGUGAUGGGAAGUGCAACAACCACGCCUGCGGCUGGGACGGGGGCGACUGCUCCCUCAACUUCAAUGACCCCUGGAAGAACUGCUCCCAGUCCCUGCAGUGCUGGAAGUACUUCAACGAUGGCAAGUGUGACUCCCAGUGCAAUAACGCCGGCUGCCUGUACGAUGGAUUUGACUGCCAGAAGUACGAGGGGCAGUGCAACCCUCUGUAUGAUCAGUACUGCAAAGACCACUUCUCAGAUGGUCACUGUGACCAGGGCUGCAAUAACUUUGAGUGCGAAUGGGAUGGUCUGGACUGUGCAAACAACAUGCCAGAGAAGCUCGCGGAUGGCACGCUGGUGGUGGUGGUCCUCAUCACUCCUGAGAACCUGAAGAACAACUCCUUCAACUUCCUGAGGGAGCUGAGCCGUGUGCUGCACACCAACGUGGUCUUCAAGAAGAACCCCAAGGGAGAGUAUAUGAUCUUCCCAUACUAUGGCAAUGAGGAGGAGCUGAAAAAGCAUUACAUCAAGAGGUCAACAGAGGACUGGUCAGAUAUGUCUAGUGCAGUCAUCAACAAAGUGAAAAGCAGCCUCUACUCCAGGGCUGGCAGGAGGCAGAAGAGAGAGCUUGAUCAGAUGGACAUCAGAGGAUCCAUUGUCUACUUGGAAAUUGAUAACCGCCAGUGCAUCCAGUCAUCCUCCCAGUGCUUCCAGAGUGCAACCGACGUGGCAGCCUUCCUGGGUGCCCUGGCCUCCCUGGGCAACCUGAACAUACCCUACAAAAUAGAAGCUGUUAAAAGUGAAACGGCCGAGCCCGCGAAGAACUCCCAGCUGUAUCCUAUGUACGUGGUGGUGGCUGGGCUGGUCUUGCUUGCCUUCAUUGGAUUGGGAGUACUGGUGUCUCGUAAGCGGCGCAGGGAGCAUGGGCAGCUCUGGUUCCCAGAAGGCUUCAAAGUGACAGAGUCGAGCAAGAAGAAGCGACGAGAACCACUCGGGGAGGAUUCUGUUGGACUGAAACCCCUCAAAAAUGCUUCAGACGGCACGCUGAUGGAUGACAAUCAAAAUGAGUGGGGCGAUGAGGAGACCUUGGACACCAAGAAGUUCAGGUUCGAGGAGCAGGCGAUGCUGCCGGACACGGAUGACCAGACAGAUCACAGGCAGUGGACCCAGCAGCACCUGGAUGCCGCCGACCUGCGCAUAUCCUCCAUGGCACCCACCCCACCCCAGGGGGAGAUCGACGCCGACUGCAUGGACGUCAACGUCCGAGGUCCUGAUGGCUUCACCCCCCUGAUGAUCGCCUCGUGCAGCGGAGGAGGGCUGGAGACCGGCAAUAGCGAAGAGGAGGACGACGCUCCGGCCGUCAUUUCGGAUUUCAUUUACCAAGGGGCCAGCUUGCACAACCAGACGGACCGCACGG